UUCUGUAGGGUUGAAGCCUGCAUUACAUACUCUCUCCAGUAGAUGGAGACAUAACACCACAAAUCAACUGUGUUCAAUAUUGUUACUGACAUUUUCACAACACUCCCAGCAAGAGCUGCGCGUCAUUCAACUCAUAGCCAACCUGCUGCCAUUAAAAACACUACCAACUCGCUUAAAGAACAAAACAGCUGGAGGGUUUUAGGUCAGCUUUACGGAAACCGGUGUUACUUUGUUAAACAUGGCUGACGACUUUGGGUUUUCCGCCUCCGACAACGGAGUUCAUGUAGAAGAAGACCCGGCCGCGGCGUUUCUGGCCCAGCAGGAGAAUGAGAUCGCCGUGAUCGAGAACGACAGCGCCGGGUUCGGCGCGCUGGAGGACGGUGGACCUCCGCCCGCAGACACGUACACGUUCAUCGGAGGUGAUUUUGGAGGAGCACCAGCUACUGCUGUAAACGGAGAUAUGUUUCAGAAUCAGAAGGCUCGGCUGGAGGAAUUAGAUUCUGCCUCUAAAGCAGCUGAGACUGUGUGGAGGGAGAAGGCCCGGAAAGAACUAGAGGACUGGCAUGUACACCAGAAUGAACAGAUGGAGAAAAAUAAAGCCAACAACAGGAUCGCUGAUAAGGCUUUCUACAAACAGCCCAACUCUGAUGCCAUAGGCUUUGUAGUAUCAGAGGAGGCCUUUCUCAAGGAGUGUGAUGAUGACAGUCCUGGAACAGAAUGGGAGAAAGUGGCCCGUCUAUGCGACUUUAACCCCAAGACCAGCCGUCAGACUAAAGACGUGUCUCGGAUGCGCUCCGUUCUUAUUUCUCUAAAACAGACGCCUCUGGUUCGCUAACGUAACUCCCUCUUAUAUUUUCUAGGCUUUCUUUCUUGUUCCCUCUUGCACUUUAUUUUAGUGAGGCUGAACACUUUAACAGAUUUAAGUUUUUAUGUUUUAAUGGGGUCAUUGAAUGUGUACACUUUACUGUAUUUAAACUUCCUAUUUAUGUAUCCUGGAUUUUGGCUAUUCCGUAAGUUAAAGAACAAAUUGCAAGUGUGCCUCGAACAUUUGAAAACAGAUCAAAAGAGUUAAUGGUUUUUCCCUUAAACCCAAUGUCCAUGAAAGGCAGCAGUUCUAUUUAAAUGCCAAAAGUAUUUUGGUGUAGCUUACAAGUUAUUUUGUGAUUCUUGUGACAUUUGCAGUGCCUACAAACCAUUAGACAGCAUUAAUUUACUGGAACCAUAAGUGUCUUUGUUGUCUGUUAUAAAGAAAAUGGAAGUAUUUGGUUACAUUCUAUACUUGGAUACAGUUUAGUUACCAUCUCUCACCCUAUGUAGUAUUUUUUUUUAACCAAUUAUUUGUCUUCAUAAGUUGAACACUGCAUUGUAAUCAGUAUCUGGGUUUGGCAUUAUCUGCUUUUUUGUAUUUCUGUUCACUGCCAAGAGGGACGUUUGAUUUCUGAGCUUGCUAAGGUUAUUGUUGUAUGAUGAUUUACACAUUAUUACUUUUCAAUAUUCAAAGUUUUUAAUUUCACAGGCACGUUGCUUAUAACAGCUUCUUUAUUACUUAAAAUAGCAGAAAUCUUUUAUAAAUUAAGAACCGUUACUCAGAUUUAACCUGCUAACGUACCACUCCAAAUCAAUCCUUCAUUGCACAUGCGCUGUCCGUGCUCAUAUAGCGGUUAAUAUUUUAUGCCGUUACUGCAUACAUAUGCGACUAAUAAUACAGAGUUUGAACCGUGUGCUUUGUCAAGUGUACAGUUCCUGAUUCUCAGUCUACAACAGCAAUGAAUCCUGUGCCUAAACCUUUUCUCACUGUGAGACUUGCUGUCUAUCUGUAAGGCCUUCAUCAGUCUAGCUUCCAAAAGCGCUAGAAAUGAAAUGUAGCACAGUGAAAUAAUGCAGGUAGUUGUACUUUUACAUAAAAUGCUGGAUGUUUAACAAUACUGCUUUUUAUAGUGCAGAAGUUUACUUGUCUGACUUAAUGGCAUGUGUAUAACUGUUACAGAUUGUUUGUACAAGUUAGGAGGCCUUGUUUCCAUUGAAAUUGAAUUUUUAUUAAAAGUUUAACAGUAGUUAAUAGCCAAAAAAAAAACAUCUAUGUUUUUUGACUAUGUAAUCCAACAGUUUAAUUGAAGCAAUCUGAUGAAAAAUAAUUUGUAAUUUAAAACUGGUUCAAUUUCUCUACAAUUUUUCCCCCCUUUUAUAAAUCUCUUAGCCCUCAAUUUGACUACAAAUAAAUGUGUGUGCAUCAAUGCAGACCAUGCAAUAAUUGUGUAUUCAAUAAAUAAAUAAAAUUAAUUCAAUAAAAAACUUCCAAAUUCA